AUGACUGCCAACAGCAGGUACAAGAGCCGCGCGCCCCAGACAGAACGUGUGUUUGCUCGGAUUCUCUCCUCCUGCCAUCCCUGCCUCGUGUCUGAUGGAAUUUGGCUUCACGUCUCAGAUGAUGGAGAGGAAAAAGAAUAUGUUGGUUUUGCCACACUGCCCAACCAGUUGCACAGGAAGUCAGUGAAAAAAGGCUUUGACUUCACACUCUUGGUGGCAGGUGAGUCUGGCCUAGGUAAAUCCACUCUGGUGAACAGCCUCUUCCUCACUGAUCUUCAUAAAGACAGAAAGCUGCUCAACGCUGAAGAGCGCAUCAGUCAGACAGUGGAAAUCACAAAGCACACUGUGGACAUUGAGGAAAAGGGGGUGAAGUUGAAACUUACAAUUGUGGACACCCCAGGAUUUGGAGAUGCUGUCAACAACACGGCGUGCUGGAGGCCCAUUACAGAUUAUAUCGACCAGCAGUUUGAACAGUACUUCAGAGAUGAGAGUGGACUCAACAGGAAGAACAUCCAGGACAACAGAGUGCACUGCUGCCUCUACUUCAUACCCCCAUUCGGACAUGGGCUUCAUCCUGUUGAUAUAGAGUUCAUGAAGGCCCUGCAGGAUAAAGUUAAUGUGGUUCCUCUCAUCGCUAAAGCUGACUGCCUCACUCCCUUUGAGAUAAAGAAACUCAAAGAAAGGGUGAGGGAAGAGAUCGAUAAAUAUGGGAUAAAGAUCUAUCAGUUCCCUCACUGUGACUCAGAUGAGGAUGAAGAGUUCAAGCAGCAAGAUAAAGAGCUGAAGGAGAGCACUCCGUUUGCUGUGAUUGGUAGCAACACUGUGGUAGAAGCUCGAGGUCAUAGAGUGAGAGGGAGAGUCUACCCCUGGGGCAUUGUGGAGGUGGAGAACCCGUCUCACUGUGACUUUGUGAAGCUGAGAACCAUGCUGAUAAGAACCCACAUGCACGACCUGAAGGACAUCACCAGUGACUGUCACUAUGAGAACUACAGGGCACAGUGCAUCCAGAACAUGACGAGUAAGAUGAAUGCAGAUAAGCGUGUGGAGAGCCCCAACCCGAUUCUGCCACUGUCUACACCAGAUAUUGAGACUGAGAAGCUUAUCAAGACGAAAGAUGAAGAACUGAGGAGGAUGCAGCAGAUGCUCCAGAAGAUGCAGCAGCAGAUGCAUGAACAGGAACUGUGACUCUCCUCUCCCACAGCAUCUCUGUCCCUUUAUAUCUUUAUUUAGAUGGCAGUGAUCCCUCACCGAUGCCAUGUUUUUAGGGGUUGAGAUGAAAAAUUCUUCAGUGUCAGUAUUUCACCCAAUUCUUUAAACUCUGGUCACAGAGAAUACAUUAGAUGAAUGACAGCAUGAUGUUUUUGCCGCUUGAUAAAGUACAGUCAUUAGCCAAGUGAGUCUUGUUAGACAAUAGGGAGUAGCUUGCACUUUGUUAUCUUUAGAUCACAGGCUUAGGGAUGGUUAGUUUUACUUGAAAUGCUCCAUGUAUGCUCUCAAUGAAUUAAGUAGUUUAUUCACUGAUUCUUUUUACUGUACUUGUGGACUGACAAACAGCUGGGACAGCUGCUGGUAAUAUAAUACCAAUACUAAUAAUACUAAUUCUGAAUGUGGGGUUUUCCUACAAUGGUCAGAUUAUACAGUGAGUGGAACUGAAAUGCUGACUGGAGAAACACACUGCUCUUUGAGGUUUAAUAUCUGCUUAAUCAGGCUUAAUAUAAUCAGUGUCCUGAUCAGGACUCAGGAUCAGGAGUAGUCUAAUAACUUAUUUCCCAUAAUACUGAAAUUAUAAUAUAAAGUACUUUGUAUUUAAGUGGACAUGCUGAUGUUUUUAAAUGGGUUUCUAUUAAACCCAGAGAUGGUUGGGUGGGGUAUUACACAUCAAGACUCUUCUGCAUUGGCUGAACUUUUCUAACCUGGUGGUGCAUCCAUCUUUUAUAUAAUGUACAGUUAAUAAGCACAUUACAGUCUCCUACACAUCUGUCUGCAGUUGUCUUGCAUUGUGAAUAAUCUAGGCAUUUAUGACUAGGAAGAGUAACGUGCAACCUAAAAAGACAUCAAUCCUAAAAAGUCAAAGGGGACCUAUUUUGUUUCAGUGCUGUUAUAGUGUUCGAUGUUCACACAAUUGAAUUUAUUUAUUUAAACAUGGCCAGAGGUUCACAUGAGCUCUGGUUUUGGCUCUGUAUGAUGUCAGUGAGAGUGGGUAUUCAUAAUGUGGUCAUCUGGCGCACACAGACGUGAGUACAGAACCACCUCCUACCUGGCCUAGCUGUUUGUAGAAAAAUAAAAGUAAAGCUGGAAAUUAGCAGAAUAGGCUCUCUUUAAGGGUUGCCUGGUAAACAAGAUAAUGCCAAAAUGCUUUUUAAAUCCAUGUAUUUAAAGGGGGCAUAAUAUGCAAAAUUCAACUUUUUAUGUUUUUAUUUUUUUUUAAAGAAUAUUUGGUAUUUCUACAAACCCACACAAAGAAAAAUAAAACCAUCUCCAAUUUAUUUUGUCUUUCAUGACAUUCACAGUGAAUGAUCAGCGUUGGUCUGCAGCAUCAAAACAGGUGAAGCAGUUCCACUGUUUGGCAAAAAGAUAUACCUGAAUGAGCCAACAGAGUCUGCCAGUAUUUCCUACUUACAGCUGUCUGCACUAGCAGAGCAUGCUGUUCAUGCAGUCCUCGUAGCUUGUUGUAUGUUACAAAUGUUACAAUUAGUUUCGAUCAUAUACCAAGUGGCCACUACUAUAGAGGGAUAGUCAUAAAUUGACUUUAAGACCAACUUGGAUCCAGUAAGACAUAAUCACUUGUGGGUUACCAGGUGUAUUUCAUGUUGCCUUUUUGCAUUUCAGUGCAAGAUAGUUUCUGUAUUAUAUACAACAGGACUGUUGCAAUAUCAGAUUUCUAUUUCAUGAUUGCUGUGGUAACAAAAAGGUUGCAAUAUCUAUCAUAAUAAUAACAGUAAUAAUAAUAAUAGGUAAUAAUAAUUACAGCAAUAAUACUAUCAGUCAGAUUCAUCUGGAACUUUGUUUUAUGUAUGCAUUUAAAGUCCAAAUAAAUAUACAUUGAGCUGAUGAGACUUUCACUGAAACUGUACAAAAACAAUAAAAAGCCAUCAUAUCAGAGCUCUAUACUCUUUUUGCAACAUGUUCAUCAGAGAUUUUACAUUAUAAGCAAGAUAUAUGGAACCAAAGUUUGGAAUACUGAAAUCUCCACACAAGAUUAAAAAUCAGCUUGUAUAUAUUACCAUAAAUCAUUAACAGGUAACUCUAAUUUAUGACGGAUGAACACUGUUUCAGUGUGUUUGGCUGUGUAAAAAGAUGAAAACAAUAUGGGAAAAAGGUCAGAGAAAUCCCAACAGAAUCAACGCUUUGUUUCUCACCAACAGAAUAUAGUUAUAAUAAAAACAUAUAUGUUGGUAAACAUCAGUCUUUUCAAUCCAAAAAGCUAUUGUCAUUAUUUAAAAAAAAUCACAGAUCAAAUGUUACAUGCAGGUGAUGGCGAACCUUCCAGUACGAGGAAUAAUAUAAACAUUAAAGGAAGAAGGCUCAGUCAGAGUACUUCUUUAAACCAAGCAUCUUUGGCUAUAAGUCCUCAACUGAGGAUUUAGUUUUAUGCAAAUUAUUUUGGAUUUAGAGGAACGUUGUGUUGUUUGGCUUUUUGUGUCUGUUGUUCAUUAGUUACUUUUUCUGUUUAUAUGGAUCUUUUGCACAACUAUUUACUACAACUAUGAUAUUGUCAUAUGUGCAACAAUGACACAGUAUUUUAUUUUUAAUUUCAUGAUUAAAUGGCGACAUCCUUACUGUGUAAGAAACAUUGAUGCUUACCAUAUUACGGAUGUUAUUUUAUGGACUGUCAUGUCAGAGGUUUUGAAAAUGCUUUCGAGAAUAUUUCCUGAAUUAAAAUUGUUCUACAUCCCAUAUUUGUAACAUACUAGCUUUAUUAUGUGGUCAUGAUACAGUUUUCUUUAUAACAUAGCCCUUUUCAGGAACAGCGUAGUGAUUUGCAGUAUAACAAGGCCAUAAUAGGUACAAAUAAAACAAUUCUUUUGUGUAAAAUUA